AUGGACGGGGAUCGCUUGCAAGCCGUUCUCGCACGCUGCCGGAGGAUCCGAGGUGGGGCCGAAACGCUCAGCAAUCUCCCACCGCAGCUCGCUGAACGGCUGAAGUCCCUUUACGCCAAGUGCGAGAGGCUCAAGCAGGCGAAGGACAAGACCGACACCCCCGAGUCUGGAUCGCCUGCGCUGGCCGUGGAGGAAAGCGGCUCAGAAGGCGAAGAAGGCGUCGAGCCCGAGGACACCGCGGAGGUUGACAAGCUACCUGGCUCCGAUCUCUUGCACCUUGCUGUGCAGGCUUUGCUGGGUCGUGAUGGCUGGGAUGGCCUGGCAGAAAACGCGGACAGGCAGCCUGAGCAAGACGACAACACGGCAACGUUUGAUCCCUACCUCUUGGAGGACGCAGAUGGAGUGGAGGAAGCCGAAGAGGUUGAAGAGGACUCUGCCACGGAGGCCAGUGAUUGGGAAGACUGCGCAGCUUGGGUGCACUCACUUGAUGCCGAUUCCCAGGAUUGGACUGACCUUCCCAUUGGCACCACCUUCGAUGCGGACGGCGCCGCUUCCUACUCCGUGGCCCGGAAGCUGGGACAAAGCCAGGGGAUCAUCACUUAUGCGGUCAACUGCAAAGGAGAGAACUACGUCGCCAAGUUCGCAGCCAACGGCCCUCAGGCAGCCGCGAGGAGGCGUUCCGGUGAAGCGGCCGAUGCCGAUGUCGUGCUGCAGAACGUGUCCGUAGAUGUAUUUGACGUCAGCUCCUUCGUGAAGACCCUCGCGGAGGUCAUGGCAGACUUCGGCGUGUCUCAGCUCGCAGCGCCUGCUCCCGCAGCUGCUCCAGCGAAGAGAGCAGCUCCGGCCAGCCAGCCAGGGCCCGCGAUGCUGGUGCCUACCGAGGCAGCCCCGCAGCCAGAGACGGCGACGUUCAAGCGACUGUUUCACGAGCCAGGAAAGCCCGAGGAGCCUAGCCCAGAGAAGGUGAAGACGCUGUUCGGCGAAGCGGCGGACGUCCAACCGAAGAGGCAGAUGUCUUUGGACAAAUCCUGCUUCAAGGUACUCUUCCGGGAGCCGGCUCUGGAGACCGCACCGACCACGAAGGAGGAGGGCACUCGGCCAGAAGGCAGCCAAGGCCAAGCCGAGCUCUUGGCGCCGGCGUUCGCAAAGUUUCCCUGUGUCGCGGGUUGUACCGCCGCCAAGGCCAAGGGGUCCUCUCCGGAGAGAUCGCCGCCCGUUGGCCAAGAGCCAGCCGGCGAAGUUUGGUACAAGGCGCCGCCUCCCAAGAAGACGUUGAGCUCCAUGCUGAGCAGCUACGAGGAGGAGGAGGAGGACCGGCACAACGUCUCCGGGAGGUGGGUUUUCUUUGUUGAGGGCAUGCGGAGCUGCUGUGGUAAUGUGGAGAAUGGAGAACUUCACAACGGGUCCCUCCUUUGGGCUUCGAGCGGCGGAGCUUCCCAGGAGCCCUUGGAGCCGGAAACUGCUGUGGAGCGGCUCGGAGUGAGGCCCAGGCCCUGGGAGUCUGGCAAGGAAUCGAGCUUAAGGUACCAGAACAAGGAAAGCAUGCUAGGCUUACUUCUGAUGCGGCUCGAGAGCGUGCUGCGCAACGCCGCGGCCGGGCGGAGGCGCUCUUCCCUUCAUGCUCGAGUGCGACCUGUCUUGGAUGAGGCGCCGAGCAUCGAGGACAUCCGUGCUCACAACAUUUCUGCCAGAGGUGGCCUGCUGCCGGGCAGUGUGUGGGACCCUGCCACCGGCCAGUUUGUGUCCGAACCGAUUCCCGACGACAUUCUGCAGAGCUUCAAGAAGGAGAAGGAUCUCAAGCUGGAGGACUACCAGGAGAGGGUGCUCAUGGCCCAGCUUGCCGAGAAGAAGCGGCGCUUAGAGCCCCUUGGCUAA